CGUGUGUCUGCAGUGCUAAGCUUUAACAAAACCCAGUGUGUUUCUAUCAUCAGUCAUUAAGUACACCUACAACCAACAACCACCUCUACUGCCGGCUGAAAAAAAUGGAGCUAGCAAAGUUUAUCGGGAAAAAGCCGAUGACGAUGGACAUAGAGCAGAUGCCCGAUACACCGCAACGUGGGUCCCACCACAGACGGGCCCAUUCUGACACCUCGUUCCGCUUCGACGAUCUCCUCCUCUUCGACCCCUCUGAACUCGACCUUUCUUCUCUCGACCUUCCUACUCCCACCCCACCUCGCGGCGCUCCCAUGGCUGUUGAUUCCGGCUCCGUCUCUGAUGACUCUGCAUCUCACAGUGGCCCAAAUACAAAGCCCAAACCCAUCAACCACCUCCGGAGCCUGUCCAUGGACUCGGAUUUCUUUGAUGGGUUGGGCCUUACCACUGGCGGUGGAGAUGAGAAAUUUGGCGGGAAAGCGGCGGCGACGGCAGCGGCGGGGGGAGGAGUGGGUGCCGGAGAGAAGAGGUUACACCAUAGGCAUAGCAAUUCAAUGGAUGGGUCGAGUACGACCUCGUUUGAGAUAGAUUCUGUUAUGGUCGAUGGCGUUAAGAAAGCUAUCGGUCCUGAUAGACUUGCUGAGCUUGCUUUGAUUGAUCCCAAGAGAGCUAAGAGGAUUCUUGCUAACAGGCAAUCUGCAGCACGGUCAAAGGAGAGGAAAGUACGAUACACUAAUGAGCUGGAGAGGAAGGUACAGACACUUCAGACAGAAGCAACCACCCUCUCUGCACAGGUCACAAUGUUGCAGAGAGACACUACUGGGUUAACAGCUGAAAAUAAGGAACUGAAGCUGCGAUUACAGGCUAUGGAGCAACAAGCACAACUUAGAGAUGCUCUGAAUGAUGCAUUGAGGGAAGAGGUGCAGCGGCUUAAGAUAGCAACUGGCCAAAUUCCAGCCGUCAAUGGAAACCCCUUCAAUCGAGGUUUGACUCCACAAUUCUCCUCCCAUCAGCCAGCCCUGCAUCACUUUGGAAGUUCCCCAGCCCAGCAGCAGCACGUGCCGCAGCCAUCCACCAACAACCAGACUCUCAAUGGGCAGCCCCAUCCUCAUCCUGCCUUCUCAAAUUUCAGCCAGAGGGUGUAAUGUAAAUGUUGUGAGUGUUGCUUAGAGCUGUUUCUGUCACCCACAAAACUACGUUCUCUUUAGGACAGAUGUUAAUUAUAACAUGCUGAAAAGGAAUUAGGUCUUUGUGAAAUAAUUCAUGGGUGGUUGAUUUCUGUAAUCUAUUCCUGUAUAGAACAAUUAGCUCUUGAAAUUAAAUUGGACUCAACACCUAUAUUUCCAGUAGAAA